CUCACAUCCAAUGGAGAAACACUCUUCAAUUUCCUUGACAUUUAAGGGGUACUUAGCCAAAAUUGUUGACUUUAAUCAUAGGUUCGCACUUUCCUGGAAAUUUCCUAGCCUCCCCUCUUCCUAUACGACGUAAAUUUGCUGCGGAAAAGAUGUGAACUACACUCGAUUGCUUUUCUUGAAGAAAUUUUGCUUACCCACCAUGUGUUUGUUGUUUUGUCCGCUUCGAUAGUAUCCAUUCAAGCUAACAAAUUACAUGGGAUUUGUGAACUGAUUCCUGGUGGGGUUAAGUGGCUUUGUCUGGAGUUCAAUGGAGUAUCUAUACUCAUUCUUUUGAGCGAAGAUUCAAUUAACUUCGUGUUCUUGGUUACUCAACAACAUCAUCGAUAAUAAAAAUGGGCAAUGCUAAUAAUCCGCAGGUGUUAGGAUUCAAUCCCCGUAUUGAAAUGGGCUCGCUAGAGGUGAAGUCAAUUAUCGAGCCACAUGAUCAGAGCACAUCCACUUCCGCAUCAACCAAUAGAAAUAUGCUUUUUAUGAAACAGUUUUCAGAAAAUUGUGACAAAAAACAACUAUGGUGUAAAGUGAUAACCAGCAUAAAGAUUGCUUUAUUCUCUAAUAAGAUUAAUUUACUUAUACCUUUUGGCCCCUUAGCUAUGCUUGUUGAUACCUUGACUGGUAAUCAUGGUUGGGUCUUCUUCUUGAGCUUAUUGGGCAUCAUACCAUUGGCAGAACGUUUGGGUUGGGCUACCGAGCAAUUGGCUUUCUACACCGGGCCUACAGUUGGGGGACUUCUGAAUGCUACUUUUGGCAAUGCGACAGAGUUGAUAAUAUCAAUGUACGCAAUGAAACAUGGUAUGCUACGAGUUGUACAACAAUCAUUACUAGGGUCAAUUUUGUCAAACAUGUUGCUUGUUCUUGGAUGCGCGUUUUUCUGUGGAGGGAUCUUUCUUCCUAAAAAGGAACAGGUUUUUGACAAGUCGAAUGCUGUGAUGAGCUCAGGAUUGCUGUUAAUGGCAGUGAUGGGUCUGUUAUUCCCUGCUGUUCUUCACUUCACACACACUGAAUUGCAUUUUGGAAAGUCAGAAUUGGCCCUUUCAAGAUUUAGCAGUUGUGUGAUGCUUAUUGCAUAUGGGGCCUACCUGUUUUUUCAAUUGACUACACAGAAGACUUCAUAUUCGCCAAUCACUGAGGAAGAUAGCCCAAAAGAAGACAAUUCAGAUGAUGAUGAUGAUAAAGAAUCUCCUGAUAUUUCAAAGUAUGAAUGUGUUAUUUGGCUCAGCAUCUUGACACUCUUCAUUUCCAUUCUUUCAGAAUAUCUAGUCAACACCAUUGAGGGUGCAUCUGUUGCAAUGAAUAUCCCUAUAGCAUUUAUCAGUGUUAUCCUUCUUCCUAUUGUUGGAAAUGCAGCAGAACAUGCAAGUGCCAUCAUGUUUGCCAUGAAAGACAAGCUUGAUAUCUCUUUAGGAGUCGCAAUUGGCUCCUCAACACAAAUAUCUAUGUUUGCUAUUCCAUUUUGUGUGGUUGUUGGGUGGAUCAUGGGGCGUCCUUUGGACCUAAAUUUUCAACUUUUUGAGACAGCAACUCUUUUUAUAACAGUUCUGGUAGUGGCUUUCAUGUUGCAAGAUGGAACAUCGAAUUACUUCAAGGGAGUAAUGCUUGUGUUUUGCUAUUUGAUAGUUGCUGCAAGUUUCUUUGUACAUAUAGACCCUCUAUCUAUACAAGAUAAACCUUAAAAGCUUUGAAUCCAUCAUCAAGAGUUUCAAGUCAAUUGUAUGUUACUACUACUGUGUGAUGUAAAUUGUUACAGAAGAGAAUAAUGAUAAAGAUUUUGAACAGGAGUAAAAUACAUGUUACACUUAAAAG